ACGCGUUUCCUUUUCUAUGAGUAUUCCAAAUUACACAAGGACACCCCAUUCUAAUUGCUACAGCCUUUUUAUCACCUCAAUUUAAGCUAAGGCUCUCAUUCUUUUUGGCUGUCUUUGUCUUGCUGCCCAUCUCCUAAAAUACCACUUUUUUUUUCACCAUCUCCUUCUCUUUCUUGAUUGCUGUGUGAGAUAAAACACCAAGAUUUCUACAAAGGUAGAUAUGUGUCCUCUGAGGUUUAUCUUGGUGUUUUUCUCUGCAGUUUUGGCCGGAUACUUUGCAUGGAGAUCUGUGCGGUCGUCGCCGGAGAUUGAUAGCAUCAAUUCUGAUGAUUCAACUGUUGAAAGGAAACCAUUGAAUCAUAAACGAGAAUUCAAUGUCAAGAAGAUGAUUCAAAAUGGAUUCUGGGUAUUUGUCGAUAUGGCCAGCGGAAAGUACCUGUGGAGGAAUGUCAAGGAGAUGAGGAAAGAUGAGAAAGUUAAGAGCUGCUAGAAUUUGAUCAUUUGUAAUUAAACUCUUUUUCUUUCCUCUUCUUUCUUUUUUUUUUUUUUAUUUUUAUUUUUUCCCUUUGUUGGAACAGAGAGAAAUUGGGCAUGAUGGGCAGGUACUUGUAAUUUUCAGUGCAGAUUUCAGAAGAUGCAAAUGUAGUUAUUUCAGUUGAGAAUCCUUCUGAGUU